AUGACGACUAUUUUUAAAACAACUUUGAGGCCAAUUUUAAUAUUUAGUCAGUUCUUAGGAUUGAUUAACACUUCUUAUACAUUGCAACCAACUGGAUUAUUAGUCCGGGAUCCGCAAUUAUCAGUCUAUUCAUUACUUGAAUUAGUGCGUACGUGUUUGUUAUUGGCGUGCACCUAUAUACUUUAUAGAUGGCAACUAUUUACUUUCAUGGAAAUAAUAUUGCUACUUAAAUUUUGGUGUGUUAUUAUCGCAGCAAGAUUAUCAGAAAUAUGGAUCGUAAAGUUGAUCAAUGGUAUUGUCGAAUUUGAUCAAAAAACUGCACUACUUUCGACAUAUUUGUCGGUUCAACAGCGUUCUUUGAGUAAACGAUUUUUGAAUAAGAUUUAUAUUUUAUUACUGGUAUACUUUAUCGGAUUUGAACUUUACCAUCAGUACAUAUUUCCCCUAAAAACAAUAAAUAUUCAUACAACCAUACGCUAUUUUUUUGGAGCGCCGUUCAUUAUAGACUUUGCUGUUUUAAUUACAUCAUGUUUUUUUCUCCUUAACUUGAACAUUAGAUUUCAAACAUUAAUAGAUUUUUUGAAAUUUCUUCCUGUUGAAUCCGAUUAUCCCAAUGAAUGGACCAAUUCUGAAUUAGCAAUGUCAAUGGAAAAUAUACGGUUGUUACACUCUGAACUGUCUGAACUAUUAAGAAUAUUCAGUUUGGGUUACGGGCCAUUGCUGUUAAGUUUCUUUGUAUUCAAUUUUAUAAAUUUGGUAUUUCAACUUUUUUUAUCGAUUUGCUUAAGACCACCUCCAGCGGCUCCAGCUGAUGUAUCAUCAUUGAAAAAGGUCUUACAAAAUGUAUUCCCAUUAAUAUUAAAUAUUCAAAUUGUAAUCCUUACUAUGUCCAUUAUUGUUGCUGUUUCGUUGGUACACGAUAAGAAAAGGAAGAUAAUAUCAUAUUUAAGAUUAUAUCGUAUAUCAAACUUACACGCAGACAUAAAACGACAAGUUAAAAUGUUUAUGCUUCAACUAUCAUUUUUUGAAUUGGAUGAAAUUAACACUUACGGAUUUUUCAAUAUAAAUUUGAAUAUUGUUAUGUCAAUUAUAGUCUUAAUAAUAACUGGAAUAAUCACAUUGAUACAAAUGAAAAAUCACAAAAUCAUUUUGAAUAUGAUCAAUAGUACUUUAACCGUGUCAGCGGGUAUGUUUGAAAUGUAA